UUAAUAAUAAUUAUACAUAGAUAUCGUUUCAUCAAAGAUCAUGCUCAUUAGACAAUGUACUUUUAUUCAUUUUGUGUGUUUUGUAUCGUUCUGUUUGGCUCAAAAUGCAUCUAAUUCUAUUUAAUAAAUAUGUGUAAAACUAAUGAUAGUAAAAGUUUAACAAUGAACUAUUUUUAAAUAAAUAUAAUUAAUAAUAUCUAUUGUUAAUCUGAAAGUUAUAUUCUGUCAGUACAGAAAUAACAAAGAUGCAUAUAAUUUCUCAAUAUAGUUCAAAACUUAAUAACAAUGAAUUACAUAACCUUUAAAAUUCAGAAAUAUAAAAUAAUCCAUUACGUUGAAAGGUAUAUAUCUUCUUUUAAUGUAACCUAACCUAGACAUAUUUUAUUUUAUACUGUACAAUAUUGUAAGAAGUUACCGGCUUCAGAAAAUAAAUUGAACAGAAGGAAAGAAAGUGUUACAAUGAAACCAGAAGAUGACGUGAAAUUGUUUGAAUCUAUUGGUCUCAGUGAACAGAAGGCUAAAGAAACUCUAAAAAAUAAACAAGUUUCCAGUAAUUUAAAACUUGCCGUAACUGAGGCCAAAAUACAUGGAACUAUUUCCCCCGAAGUUGGUAUUCUAUUAUAUCAUCUAGCUUCAAAAAUUAAAAAUCAAAUUUCGGACAAAUUACCAUUUCUUACAAAAUAUAUAGUUGAAAAGAAAUUGGACACGAUUCAACGAGUAGAUGCUGGUCUGAAUUAUCUACUCAGUCAUAUAAAGGAAAAUGUUGAUAUUUCUAAUUUUGAAAAACAAUGUGGUAUCGGUAUUACUGUAUCUCCAGAAGAAAUUGAACACGAAGUGGAAAAAGUUAUACAUGCGCAUAAAAUAGAAAUAUUAGAGAAAAGAUAUCACUUUAAUGUUGGUCCAUUGAUGCAACAAGUACGUAGUACUUUGAAAUGGGCAGAUGGAAAAGCAAUAAAAAAUGAAUUUGAUGUUCAAAUGCUUGACUUACUGGGUCCAAAAUGUGACUCUGAUCUUGCUCCACCUCCUAAAUCAACAAAACAAACUAAAACUAAAACACCAGAGAAAGAGAAAGUGGACCAGAAAAAUGUAUCAUUAACAAAUGAGAAAAUAGUAGGUGCUCAAACAAUUAGUGAAUUAAUGAAGACUAAAGUUCAUUUUCAUAAACCAGGAGAAAAUUAUAAAACCGAAGGAUAUGUUGUAACACCAAAUACACAUAAAUUACUUCAAGAACAUUUGAAAAUAACAGGUGGUAAAGUGAUAACUAGAUUUCCACCAGAACCUAAUGGCAUUUUGCAUAUUGGUCAUGCAAAAGCAAUUAAUAUUAAUUUUGGGUAUGCAGCUGCUCAUAAUGGUAUGUGUUACUUACGUUAUGAUGAUACAAAUCCAGAAAAGGAAGAAGAGAAGUUUUUUAUCGGAAUACGCGAAAUGGUGGAGUGGCUUGGUUAUAAACCUGCUAAAAUUACUCAUUCAUCCGAUUAUUUUCAACAGCUACAUGAAUGGGCUAUUCAGCUUAUAGAAAAAGGAUUAGCAUACGUUUGUCAUCAAUCUAGUGAGGAAAUGAAAGGUUUUAAUCCACCUCCAAGUCCUUGGCGUGACAGGCCUGUUUCAGAAAGUUUGCAAUUAUUUAAUGAUAUGAAGGAUGGAUUACUUGAAGAAGGUGAAGCUACGUUACGUAUGAAAGUUACCUUAGAAGAAGGAAAACAAGAUCCUGUUGCAUAUAGGAUAAAGUAUAUUCCACAUCACAGAACAGGAGAUCAGUGGUGUAUUUAUCCCACAUAUGACUUUACUCAUUGUUUAUGCGAUAGUAUAGAAAACAUAACUCAUUCUCUUUGUACAAAAGAAUUUCAAUCACGGAGAUCGUCAUAUUAUUGGCUUUGUAAUGUCUUAGAUAUCUAUUGCCCUGUGCAGUGGGAAUAUGGUAGAUUAAAUGUAAGUUACACGGUUGUUUCUAAAAGGAAAAUCAGUAAGUUGAUUGAGGAAGGCAUUGUAUCUGACUGGGAUGAUCCUAGAUUAUUUACAUUAACAGCUCUUCGUAGGCGAGGCUUUCCACCAGAAGCUAUAAAUAAUUUUUGUGCACAAAUGGGUGUAACCGGUGCUCAAGCAGUUGUAGAUCCAGCUGUUUUAGAAGCUUCUGUUCGAGACGUUUUAAAUCUUACUGCGAGUCGACAUAUGGUCGUUUUAGACCCCAUCAAAGUAACCAUCAAUAAUUUUCCUCAUAAAAAUCCUAUCAAAUUAAACGUUUUUGAUUUUCCUAACGAACCGGAAAAAGGCCAACAUGAAAUUAUUUUUGAUGAAAUUGUGUAUAUUGAAAGUUCUGAUUUUAAGGAGAAAGCAGAAAAAGAUUUUAGGCGUUUAACACCAAAUCAAUCAGUUGGUUUAAAAUAUAUAGGACUGGUAUUAAGAAUCAAAGAAAUAGUAAGAGAUAGCAGCGGUAACAUCGAAAAUUUGAUUGUUGAACAAGAACCUAUCUCUGAAACUAAUAAACCUAAAGCUUUUAUACACUGGGUUUCGAAGCCUAUAUCAACAUUCGUUAGAUUAUAUGAUCGUUUAUUUAAACAUAAGAACCCUGAAGAUCCGCAUGAAGUACCAAAUGGUUUCUUAAGUGAUGUUAAUCUUGAUAGUAAAAAAGAGAUUACUGGAUAUGCUGAUGCAAGUUUGGCAAAGUUAGCAAAACCUUUUGAUAAAUUCCAAUUUGAACGUGUUGGCUUUUUCUCUGUAGAUCCUGAUUCAGUACCAGGGAAGCUUGUUUUUAACCGAACGGUAACGCUCAAAGAGGAUUCAGGAAAAAUAUAAAUAAAUUUAAUAUAUUGUGAAUGCAAUGUAUGAACAAUUUAGUUUCAUAAUAUUUUACAGAUUUUGUAAUAUUUUAUAUAAUAUUUAUAAAUAGCAA